AUGGAUGAAAUAGUACAAGACAACUUCAUCCAACAGGAACAUCUCCCCAUUGCAUUCUUCACGCCCCAAACUGAACCUAUGCCGCUGGUGCGUUUUCAAGCCAAUGUGAAAACACGAGGAAUCGGGUUGUGCGUUGCAUACAGCCACCGCGCGUUGGACAGCACGGGUGUUCUGUCCACUGGCGAAAGUGUCGAGGCUUCUAUUCGGCAGCACAUCAGAAGCUUAGCAACAGUUGAGCCAGUGCCGCUAGGGUGGAGACUAUUCUUACUUUCUUUGGACGCAGAUCCGGCCUUAGACCCCUCACAAGAGGCGGUUGGUCGCCGAUUCAAUCUUAAUAUCAGGAAGAUCGCGCUACUAAAACAAUUGAUGGGAGCUAUGUUGGCCCUGGCAAAACUUAUUACUGCGUCGAACGAUGUGGUCUCGGCGUUGGUCGGGGUCUGUGGUAACAAAGCGCGCCACGAGAUUAUACCGGAAUGUGGCUCGGCGCCUAGGGUGAUCAUUGCGGCAAACGUGCGGAGACUAUGCCAAUUGCCACUAAACUAUAUCGGAAAUGUACUUUUGACAGCCGAGGCUAUAGGUCCAAUCACGCGUGAUCUAUCUGACUAUUAA